AUAUAAUGCUUCAUUGAAUAAAUGCUCUACUUAGAUGUCACUUCAUCUAAUAGCAAGGCACCCCAUAGCAGGGUCAAACCGACCCUAAGCUAAGUAUUUGAGAAUGCUUCACUAUCAUAUGGAGGAUCUCUCUAGCAAAGUAACUGUAUAAAAUCAAAGUCUGGAACGAAACUUGCAGGACCGAUAAUUGCUAUUUUUAUAGGCUAAUUAGUUGAAUAUUCCUAUUCUUUUGUUUCCAAGAGCAUACACAAGAAAUUAUGUUCCUAUUUACCAUAAAAUAAAUUCUUCAGAAAAUAUAUGCCUUUAGCACUACCAGUUUAGUAGGCAUUUGUUAGUUAAUUGUCCACAUUUUAAGUCAUGAGGGAAUAGCUUUGGCAAUAUAUCAUUACAUGAUUUCUUUUGAAUCAUCGAGGCAGUAAUACACAUCUCUUCUAUUAUUGCUUAUGUAUAUGUCAUAACCUAUUGUCACGCCAAAUUAGCGACCUUUACAUUAAUAUAGUCUAAAGUACUACUUUGAUAUAUCAAAUUGCUAUUUGAGUUAUGCUGUUGUUUUUGAAGAUUGAUGAAAUGAGACGAGUAAAGGGGAGUGGAGUGGGGCUCUCCUCUGCUGCAUAAUUGCUGUAAUACAGUGGUCAUUUGAUAGCAUGAAAUGUCAGCAGUUGACUGGAUAGCUUUUGGGCAGUUUAGAUGAAGUGGUUGACUGGCUGGUUGCCAGAUUAAAAAUUUGAAGACUUUUUAUCCGACUCUUUAGCUCAAUGCUGUUAAAUUUUGCUAAUUCUAGAGGGGAAGAGUCUCUCAAUUCAAUGAUGCUUAAAGUUGAAGGAAGCUAAAAGGAUGUAGUAGAUGGAGCACUCUUGGGACUGGAAAUUGAUGUCAUACCGUAAAGAGAGAGAGAUCUGAGUCGUCAUGGCUAAAACAUUCAAAUUAGUUUAUUUUGUUUCAAAAUUUACGUUAGUUACAGAAAGCAUGACAAACUUUUUAUAUAUGGAGGCUUUAGGGGAUGGAUGCACUCAAGCAAGAACUCUCUAAUCCAAACAAAGAUAAUAUUUGCUUCUCUACGGUUGAACUCACAUGGCAAGACCUAGGCAGGUCCUAUCUCAAGACACAUCUCCCAGAUCCAUGAAAUCGAAGGACGGGGAUGGGUUAUCUAGAUGGUCUGAUUACCUAAAUUUCGAAGAGUCAUCACCUUCGACAGCGACCAGUUGGAAGCAUGUGGGCACUGAUGGGCCUCCAGGGUCUGGAACCACCCAGAAGACUCUACAAAUGGAAUGGGUGGUCCAACUAACAAAAGUUGCAGAGGGCUUAUUAACUAAAAUGUACAAAUUGAACACUAUUCUAGACUACCCAGAUCUUGCUUCACAUACAUUUUCUGAUACAUUUUGGAAAUCUGGCAUUAUUCCCAACUUUCCGAAAAUAUGCAUACUCCUUUCGAAGAAAUUUCCAGAGCAUCCAAACAAAUUGCAGCUUGAGCGGGUUGAUAAGCUGGCUCUUGACGGUUUGAAUGAAAAUGCUGAAGGUUAUUUUCAAAACCUAGAGCCAUGGGUCAUGCUGUUGCUUGAUUUAAUGGCAUUUCGUGAACAAGCUCUGCGGCUAAUCUUGGACUUAAGCAGCACAGUUAUAACAUUGCUACCCCAUCAAAAUUCUCUAAUCCUACAUGCUUUUAUGGAUCUCUUUUGUUCAUUUGUCCGAGUAAAUCUUUUCUCGGACAAGAUACCUAGAAAAAUGAUCCUGCAGCUGUACAAUCUCUUGCACUACAUGCUAAAGGGUGGGCGAGAUUGUGAGUUUUAUCAUCGAUUGGUUCAGUUUGUGGACUCGUAUGAUCCACCUGUGAAAGGGUUGCAAGAGGACCUCAAUUUUGUCAGCCCACGGAUUGGAGAGGUAUUGGAGGCUAUAGGACCUGUUAUUUUUCUUUCUACGGAUACAAAGAAACUAAGAAAUGAGGGAUUUUUAAGUCCAUUUCACCCUCGUUACCCCGACAUACUAACAAACUCUGCUCACCCUAUGAGGGCUCAGGACCUGGCUAAUGUUACGUCAUACAGGGAGUGGGUUGUUCUUGGUUAUCUUGUUUGCCCUGAUGAACUACUCCGUGUUACUAGUAUUGACAUUGCCAUGGUUGUUCUUAAGGAGAAUUUGAUUCUCCCUUUAUUCAGAGAUGAGUUUGUGCUCCUACAUGAAGAAUAUCAACUUUAUGUUCUACCGAGGAUUGUAGAAUCAAAGAAAAUGGCCAAAUCUGGACGCGCGAAACAAAAGGAAGCAGAUUUGGAGUACAAUGUUGCAAAGCAAGUCGAAAAAAUGUUAAGCGAAGUGCAUGAACAAGCACUUAUAUCUUGUGAAGCUCUACAUCGUGAAAGGAGAAUUUUACUGAAGCAAGAGAUUGGAAGGAUGGUUUUAUUCUUUGCUGACCAGCCUAGUUUAUUGGCUCCUAAUAUUCAGAUGCUCUUUUCUGCACUUGCUUUAGCUCAAUCGGAAAUCAUCUGGUACUUUCAACUUGUUGGCAUUUCAUCGUCAAAUACUAAAGUGGUUCGGGUGAAACCUGUUGAUAUUGAUGCAGCAGACCCAACUAUUGGUUUCCUUCUAGACGGAAUGGACAAGCUGUGUUGUUUAGUUCGAAAAUACAUAGCAGCAAUAAAAGGUUAUGCUCUUUCUUACCUAUCAUCUUGUGCUGGAAGAAUCCGAUUUUUACUUGGUACCCCAGGGAUGGUCGCUCUUGACUUAGAUUCUACCUUGAAGGGCCUGUUUCAGCAAGUUGUACAUUGUCUCGAGAACAUUCCAAAGCCUCAAGGGGAAAACAUCUCUGCAAUUACAUGUGAUCUCUCUGAUUUACGGAAGCACUGGUUGUCAAUCUUAAUGAUUGUCACGUCUUCACGAUCAUCAAUAAAUAUUAGACAUCUGGAAAAGGCUACAGUAUCUACCGGAAAGGAAGGUUUGGUAUCAGAAGGAAAUGCUGCAUAUAAUUGGUCUAGAUGUGUGGAUGAACUUGAAAGCCAACUAUCAAAGCAUGGAAGCCUGAAAAAGCUGUACUUCUAUCAUCAACAUCUUACAGCUGUCUUUCGAAACACAAUGUUUGGUCCGGAAGGACAUCCACAGCAUUGCUGUGCAUGGCUUGGAGUAGCUAGCAGUUUUCCAGAAUGUGCCUCUGCCAUUGUUCCGGAAGAGGUGAAUAAAAUAGGAAGAGACGCCAUUUUAUAUGUGGAGUCUUUAAUCGAAUCCAUUAUGGGCGGAUUGGAAGGUCUGAUAAAUAUUUUAGAUUCUGAAAGUGGAUUUGGUUCACUAGAGAUGCAGCUAAUUCCAGAGCAAGCAGCUAUUCGUUUGAACAACGCAAUGAAGACGAAAAUCAUGUCCGGCUUGCUCGUACCAGGACAUGAGAGUCAUCCAGAGAACAACAGUUCUGUCAAAAUGUUAGAAGCUGCGAUGCAGAGAUUGACAAAUCUUUGUUCUGUUUUGAAUGACAUGGAACCCAUUUGUGUCCUAAACCAUGUUUUUGUAUUACGUGAGUACAUGAGAGAUUGUAUCCUCGGAAACUUCAAAAGAAGAUUACAUGCAGUAUUAAGAACUGAAAAUUGCCUCCAGCGUCCAUCUAUAAUAGAAUCACUCUUACAAAGACACAUCAACAUUGUCCUCCUGGCAGAGCAGCAUAUUAGUAUGGAUCUCAUUGAAGGCAUCAGAGAAGUUCUAUUAACCGAGAGCUUCAGUGGCUCAUUUUCUGGCUUGCAAGGUUUCGAAAGGCCUGCAGAUAUACAAACUGGAACCUCUAUUGAGACUAUCAGCAACUGGUACAUUGAUUACAUUGUUAAAGAUAUUUCUUGUGCUGGAGUUGCCUUUGCUGCAGAUAAUUGCUUUACGAGCUUGCAGCCUAUUGGUGGAUAUCUAGCUGAGUCAUUCACUGAUGUGAGAGAACUCAAAGCCCUUAUUCGCCUUUUUGGUGGCUACGGGUUCGACAGGAUUGAUAGAAUGGUGAGAGAGCACACAGCUGCAUUACUAAACUGCAUUGAUACAUCAUUGCGGUCGAACCGUGAAGCCCUAGAGGGCUUUGCUGGGAGUGUAAAUAACGGCGAUAGAAUCGAAAGAGAAGCAAAUCUAAAGCAAAUUCUCGAUUUGGAAACAUUGGUAGGUUUCUGUAUUCAGGCAGGGCAGGCAAUAUCUUUUCGUAAGCUGCUUGUUGAGGCAGCUGGAGCAGUUUUAGAGGAAAAGGUGCCUCUUAUUUUCUCGCUCUUACAAGGUGUAGCCAAGCACUUGCCGGAGGACCUACCUGAGAAGGAUGAAAUUUCUAGGUUAAAAAGGAUUGCGAGCAGUGUUGGUGUUGGUGGUGAUCACGAUACAGAGUGGAUGCAUUCAAUUAUGGCUGAGGCAGGUGCUGCAAAUGAUAAUUCUUGGAGCUUUCUUCCAUAUCUCUGUGCUGCAUUUAUGACGUCAAAUAUUUGGAGUAUGACUGCUUAUAAUGUAAGUACUGGGGAAUUCAACAACAACUUACAUUGCUUAUCAAGGUGUAUCAAUGCUGUGAUCGGGGGAAGUGAGUAUAUUAGGAUCGAGAGAGAACAGCAAAGGCAGCCUUUUCCGAAUGAGCGUGCUGACAAGACAAAAGAGCCUGAGAUACUUAACCGCAUCUCUGCUGAAGCAAAUAUAAAAUCUGCUAUGCAACUUUAUGUCAAAUGCUCUGCGGUGGUUGUGCUGGAUUCAUGGAACGAUAAUACCAGGUCACAUAUCGUACCCAAGCUAAUAUUCCUGGACCACCUUUGCGAACUCUCCCCCUACAUGCCAAGAAGCACUCUUGAAGUUCACAUACCGUACACAAUUAUCCGCUCAAUAUUCAGGCAACAGUACGGAACUUCUUCAUCUGCGUUCACCGAACUUUCAGGACCAUCUCCAAGACAAUCACCUCUUAUUUCUCUUGCACACGCAUCUCCGGCUGUUAGGCAAGGCAAGGGGGAUUCCACCCCUCAAAGUAAUGCUUAUGAAUCAUCUAGUCAUUUUAGUGCAUCAACUGAAGUCUAUGAAGGAGAUACUACGAGGAUGAAGGGGGGCGAUAAGCUACUCCGUAGCAUGAGGCGGUCGGGCCCGUUAGGCUACAGUUCGAGCCGGAAAGUGAAGUUUGUGGAAGGGUCGAGUUCAACAGUUCAAGGACUGAGCCCAACGCCGAGGUUUGCAGCAUCAAGGUCUGGUCCCCUCUUGUAUAAGUAGAGUAGAAACUGUUUAUGACUGUCCAUGGUAAUAGUUGCGACUAUAUUAAAUAUUAGUGUUUGUAAUUUUGUGUUUUCUUUCCAAGCAUGUGUGAUUAUUCUGGUAGUAUGUACAAAAUUAAUCUGUUAGUGUUGAGUAUUGUACCCUCAUUAUAUAUAUGUAUAUGUGAGGCUUGCUAUAA